AUGCUUUUAUGGUUAGAGGAAAAAGAAAUUCCAGUAGAUCCGAAUCUUACUAAGCCAGAACUUUACCAAGUUAUAAAAGAAUAUAAAAGUAAACAUCGCGUGUAUAAAUUAGAUUUAUUAAUGGCACAACACGGUCACCAAGUGUUAAGACUACCACCAUAUCACCCAGAACUGAAUCCCAUUGAGAAGAUAUGGGCAAAUGUAAAAAACUGGGUUGCUGGGCAAAAUACUACUUUUAAAUUAAAAGAUGUUGAAACUUUGGCAAGAAAACGUUUUGCAGAAAUUACGCCAGAUAAUUGGGCGGCUAUUUGUAGUCAUGUGGCAAAGACCGAAGAUGACUAUAUAAUUAGAGAGAGAAUGUUGGAUGAGGCUUUAGAAGAAUUUGAAUUUAUGGUUAACACAGGGUCCUCUGAUGAAAGUUUUGGGGAAACUUCCGAUGAAGAAGACUUUUAUACAUAUUCCCAGCAACCUUCUACAUCAAAAACACAUACCGAUGAUUUGGGUGUGACACCUUUAGAUGAUGAUGAGUACAACUGA